AGCCGCGCCCCGGACGCGGAGGGUGGAGCCGCGUUGCCACCUCCUCCCGCUCCUCCCCCGCCGUGCGCGGCCUCGGCGCUACGCGAGGACGGGGAUCCAGCGCGGCCUGCGGGUAGCGGCAGCCGCCAUGGCCGGGGAGGUGAAGACGAAGCUGUCCAAGAACCUGCUGCGCAUGAAGUUCAUGCAAAGGGGUUUGGAUUCACAAACUAAAAAACAACUAGAAGAGGAAGAAAAGAAGAUAAUUAGUGAAGAACACUGGUAUCUUGAUUUACCAGAUCUAAAGGAGAAAGAGAGCUUUAUAAUAGAAGAGAGGAGCUUUAUGCCAUGUGAGGAUCUACUUUAUGGCAGAAUGUCCUUCAAAGGAUUCAAUCCAGAAAUCGAGAAGUUAAUGAUCCAAAUGAACUCUAAAUGCAAGGAAGAAAUUGAAGUGGAUGAUAAGAUGGAGGCUGAUGUGUCAGAUGAAGAAAUGGCCAGAAGAUAUGAAACAUUAGUGGGAACAAUAGGGAAGAAAUUCUUGAGAAAAAGAGACCAGCGUGUGCUCCAGGAUGAAGAUGAAGAUGGGAAUAAUAACACAAGACCUAGCAAAAAAGCCAAGAAAAAGUUCUUAAAACCACAGGAUUAAUGUCAACUGCACAACUGGAGCUAAUAGAAAUGUUAUCCAUCAUAUAUAGUAUCAUGAACUGGAGAUUGUUGGAAAUUUUUGCUAUUUAAUGUAAAGGAUAGAUUUCUAGAUCUGAGUCUUUUCUCGUUGAAAUUUCUACCAUCCACAUGACAAACAUUUUUCAAAGUGGAUGUGUGUAUAAUGGAUGUCAUACAUCCUUUCCUCUCUCAGCAGCUUUUAAUGUGUGGGACACUUAACGCCAUCAGGUUUUUUAGAUGUUGUGCAUAGGUAGUGUCACAUGCAGUCAAGAGCAACAUUAUUUACAAUUUAUGAUAACAUCAGAAAGAAGUAUUUGGAGUAAAGAUGAGUUUUGUCCAAUCCAGUAAGGCAGUUCAGCUUUCACUGCUUUUUUUAUUAUGAAAAUGAAAACCUUUGCUGUCUUCAUAUUGACAGAAGUCAGCAGAAACAUGGAAAUAUUUUUUUUCCAUGCUAAAAAUAAGAUGGGAAAAGAACAGAGAGAUAGAAUCCAUUUUGUUGAAUUUUGUUUUUAUAAAACUUACUUAAAAAUAGAGGGGCUUGUAGUAAAACUUUUUUUUUUUUCCUAGAGCAAGCCAAAUAUUGGGCAACGUUUACAAUUUGACAGUUGAACAGAUUGUGAGUCUUACUUUGUCUUCCAAAAGACGUUUGCUAAUCUUGCCUCUUUUUCAGAAAAAAAAUCCAAUCUUACAAUUAUCUAGGUCUUGUCAUAAAAGCAUAAUAGCAGCUUCUGAAACAUAUUUGAAAGCUGAAUAAAACCUGACUUUUUUGGUGGUUAAUGAUUGUGGUUUAGCUAAUUUCAUGAAAAAAAAUUAUGCUUAAUACAAUCUGAUAUAAAAAGUGAUCCUGUUUAUUAGUUGCCUGCACUGACUUUUUCUGUUUAGUGUGCAAUGAAGCCAUCUGAAGUAAGGUUAGGAUGGAAGCAUCAUGCUCUUUCGUCAGUCGGUGCUCUGGGCCUAUUGAAAAAUGUCAGUGUGGUCGUGUCUAAAAUUACAGCAGUUCUCUAUACUCUGCCUUUCAACAAGAAAUACUUUUUUCUAUUACUUCAUUUCCCAGCCAGAUGUGUAAGUUACUCAUCCUUAAUGCUGAUUCUUUGGAGAAAGAGAAAUUUGUUAAAUUGAAGCCAGUAGUGGCCAUUCUGUUAUGGACACAGGAGCCUUCACAGGCGCCUUUUUUUUUUUUUUUCUUUAACAAAGCGAAGAAAGACACGAAACUCAAUUAUAUAAAGAAAGAGACUGUAUGUCUGCUGUAUUUUGCAUGUGAUAUGUGAACUAUAAUCCAUGUAUCAAGAGUACCUCAUUAGAUAUUCAAGAUGAAUCACACAUGGAAAGAGAAAUAUACUUUUAACCUAGUAAGGGGACCUCAUACAGGUGGGAAGUCUGUGAUUCAUGAUCUGAGAUAGUUUUUCAGAGCUAAUUAAAUGCUACUGGAUCAAUUACUUAAAACCUGAUCAUAUAUUAUUGCUAGCUGAACAGAAGUUAAUGAUGGCAAGACAUUUUUCUUCCCAUGGAAGAUGUGACCUGAGCUAACAAAUGAUUUAUUGUUGGUCAUCACAAGAAAAACUCAGAAUGUAUCCCAUUAUUCUUUUUUACUUAUUAGUAGGAAAAUUAUUCCUCUCUAUCUGAACACAUUUCUUCCAAUGGAGAGAGAAUUUCUGCGUAGUUAUGCUGGGUAGUUGAGGGGGGAAAGUGUGUUCUAGUGAACCACCAUCAACCAGGAGAUGUCACUGCAGUUGCAUGUCCUGAGAGAUUGUGAAUUGGAGAAGGUUCCAGUGGUGUCAUGCAGAGGACCUUUUGGGUAAUUUUGGUAAUGAUUAGUGGCUCAGAUAAACUGCAUGUGAAGUCUUUCUUUGCCAGGGCUCUAUGCAGAGAGCUCUCUUGCAUUGCAGAGUUCUGUUCAGUCCAAUGGGGAAUAAUUUUAUACAGUUAAAAGCGUUCUGCCGUACAUUGGUCCUUAAUUUCAUGUAAUUUUCUGAGGGAUGACAGGAAAUGUGAGUGUCAUGGUGUGAGCGAACUCUGAACAGCUUCCUAGAAAACCCAUGAUUUGGGAAUUUGGGAGGGGAGAAAGGUGGUUCUUCUGUUUCCUAAACAUGCCCAACACCAACUGUGAAGAAAUUACAGAUUUUGGUUUAUUGUCUUCAAAUAUGAUUGCCCUCUGUUCACGUUUAGCUGGUGGCUAGGUGAGCUAUUGAAAUGCUGCAGUAAGACCACCUCCUAAUUCUUAGCACAAUGUCUUAUUCAUGCGGAGUUUGUAAAAUGCACCUUUAAAAGCACCUUUCAUAGUGCAUUAGUAUGAGCAAGACAGAACUAAAAAUCAGCCCUAUGUGACUUUCUAAAUGUACUUUAAAUGCCCAAAGUUACAAGCAGGCAUUUUAUGAUGGGAUACCCAUCUGUAUUGCCAACCUUAUAUAUACAUACAUAUGUGUAGGUAUUUUAAGUUUGGCUCUCGCUGCCUAGGCAGGGUGGAAACAUUCUGCUGUAUAAAAUUUGUGCUUGAACUGCUCUUGACAGAGAUACAAGUGUAGCAGUGAAAUAUUCAUAAUGCGAGCCUACAUUAAUUUAAGCUUUCUUGGCUCUGACAUGGUUGCAAAUGCAGAUGCAUUUUCAUGUGCAGCUUCCUAAGCUGUAGAACUUAUCCGUGUGGUCAUGUUUCUAAAUGAAAAGCAUUUCUUCUUUGAGAACAAAGCAAGUUGGGAUAGGUAGUAUGCGUUUUUGUUAGAGAAAAUGGCUACUUGCAAAAUUUAAUUGGUAAAGAGUUACCAGACACCAGAAGUGUUUGUGCCUGUUACACGAAGGUACCUAUUAAAGUGAACAAAGCAAA